UCUCCGAAACUCUGGGCUGUCCCGGUCGCAGAGGCUGCAUGGAAGGGACGUGCCACGUGCCCUUGGCGAGUCCAACACGUACCCAUGCCGUGGGCGAUGCGGGUUGACUCCAUUUGUCAUCCGCCAACCGCCAUGCAUGCAACACCGUCCUUUAACUCUCUCUUAUAUACUUAUAAAGGGACCUCGAAUCUUCCUUCCUCGUACCCCGCCGCCUUCCACAGAGCUCUCGGUAUAUCCUACGCUCGGGAAAACGAAGUAGUUCUGCAGCCGUAAGAAGAAAAUCCGCCAUGUCCGACGUGACUGGAGCUCGUGCUGGCGAUGCCGCCUGCGAUGAGAGGUGCGGCUGCCCUUACCCUUGCUCCGGUGGCGCGUCUUGCAGGUGCGCCACCUCGGGCGGGGAAGCUGAAGGAAGAAUGGACCACAAGAAGUGCCCGUGCGGGGACCACUGCGGCUGCAACCCUUGCAGCUGCGGGUUGGUGGUGGCCGUCGGGACGGGGCGGGCCAACUGCCGGUGCGGACCGGGUUGCACGUGCAUCACUUGUGCCACUUGAACAGCAGAAAGCGAUGCAAUGAACAGUGAUGCAGUAGUGGGAGUCUCUCUACGUCGUCUCCUCUUCCCUUUUUCUUUUUUCUCGGGUUUCCCCAUGUACUGUAACAUAGGAAUGAAAGCAGUAGUUGGUGCUACGUCU